GCCCCGCGCCGACGGGCACGUCCCGAAUCUCCUGUCGGGCCGGGCUCGGUGCUUCCCGGCUGCAGGUCUCCGCCCAGCGUCGUGCCCUCGCCUGCCUGCCUCACCCGCUGGUGCGUUCCCCUCCCCAGGGCUCGUCAGUGCUGCAAUGCCAUCGCCGCUGCCCACAGCCCCGCGCCUUCGAUGACCUUGCGCAGCCCGGCUGGCCCAGGAGCGGCGAGCGGACCCGGAGAGCCCGGGGGUGAAAUGGGGACCGAAGAGAAGGAAAAUCACUCUUCUGAGCCACAAAGAAGGAUAUUGAAAACUCCUCUGAAACAGUCAGCUACCUCAUAUUCAGUAUUAACGGAAAUCCAGCCUGAUUCUGGACCUCUGACAACACCCCCUAAGUCUCAGGAAGUUCCUCCUGGAGAUCCAUGGACACCCACUGCUAACCUUAAAAUACUGAUCAGCGCGGCUAGUCCUGAGAUUAGAAACAGAGAACAAAAAAAGGGACUUUUCGACAGAAAUGAAAUCGUAGAGGCAAAACACUGUUUACAUGAGCAUUUAUCAGGAGAUGAAUAUGAGAAAUCUCAACCAAGCCGUAAAGAGAAAAGUCUAGGAUUAUUGUGUCACAAAUUUUUAGCUCGAUAUCCUAAUUACCCCAGCACUGCAGAGAAUAGUGAUAUUUGCCUUGAUGAAGUAGCAGAAGAGCUUAAUGUUGAACGUAGACGCAUAUAUGAUAUUGUGAAUGUGCUAGAGAGCCUGCAUAUGGUGAGCCGCCUUGCCAAAAAUAGAUACGCUUGGUACGGGCGUCAUAAUCUCAACAGAACACUGCAGACUUUGAAAAAAGUUGGCGAAGAGAACAAAUACACACAACAAAUUGAGAUGAUCAAGAAGAGAGAGUAUGAGUUUGAGUUAGAUGGUGACAGAAAUGAAGAGAUGGCGACAAAACCUGUUGGCCCAAAUGAGCAUUCAGAAAUGUGUUUUGUUGAACUCCCAGGGAUGGAAUUUCGAGCAGCUUCAGUAAACAGCAGGAAAGACAAGUCUUUACGAGUGAUGAGUCAGAAAUUUGUGAUGCUGUUUCUUGUAUCAACUCCUCAAAUAGUGAGCCUUGAAGUUGCUGCUAAAAUUUUGAUUGGAGAGGACCAUGUAGAAGAUUUAGAUAAAAGCAAGUUUAAAACCAAAAUUAGGAGAUUGUAUGACAUAGCUAAUGUUCUCAGUAGUCUUGAGCUUAUCAAGAAGGUUCAUGUUACAGAGGAGAGAGGCAGAAAGCCGGCAUUCAAAUGGACAGGACCAGAGGUUUUACCAGGCAUUCAGGAUACAAAACCUGUAACUACUACCACUUCCUUGAUUCCAUCUAAUUCUGCAAAAUCUAAAUAUCUCAAAGAGCAGUGUUCAAAAAAUCUCUUCCCUUCAAGAGGCAAGCAAAGCUUCACUCGGCAUCCAUCUCUAAUAAAGCUAGUAAAGACUAUAGAAAGUGACCGGAGGAAGAUCCAUUCUGCCCCAAGCAGCCCCAGCAAGACAAGCACAACAGAUAAUGAUCAAAAUUCAUCAUCCUUGCCAAGUAAAAUGGCCCAGCUUGCAGCAAUUUGUAAACAGCAGUUAGAAGGACAAUCAAGAGAAUUAAAGAUGAAAUUGACAAGAUCUACCUUAGAAUGUAAAUUGACCUCUAGUGAUGAAUCUCUUCUGAAAUGUGAACCUAAUACUACAUCAUCCUGUCAAACUCCAUCUCUUGUUCAGCCACUGGGGGUCCUGCCUCUUAUCCAUAAUUCAGUUUCUCCAGUAAUGCUACCUCAAACCCAUUCUGCUAUUUCAUAUGCAAUAUAUUUGCAUCCUUCCCAAGCCCAGACUGUGACUACGUUACAGUCUGUGCCCUGUCCCAAUGUGACUGGAACUAAAAGUGUUUUCAGUGCUAAUUCACAAAUACCAUUUAAUCAAAUGACCACUGAAGAGAGGGACAGUAAUACAGGUGAAGGUGAUGCUGGGAACUUGGUGGCUAAAGAGAGACAAGUUACAAAAAUUGAGUUUACACCAGAGAGGUGCCUUAAAAGAUCUCAAGCAUUACAGGAGAACAGUUCAAUUAAAAAAUGUAGAAGUGAUGAGAAAAGUCUUGAAGAUGUUUAUACAGGAGAUUCUCUUAAGGGUGAAAGACCAUCUUCUAGAGCUGUGCACUUAGAGCCUGAAAUCAAUCAUUUCCAAGAGGGAAGCCAGAACAAAUCUGAGAAACUAGAUCAAAAUAUGGAAUUUUGCUUUGAUCAUGAAAGGAGAGAAGGUCUUUCAGAAGAUAAAAGCAGAGCCAGUACUACACAAGAGAUGCCUGUUGCAUUUGCUGUUCCUGCUCAUGAGACCUUGUUUCCUUCAGGGUAUAUUAUUCCUCUUGCUCAGUGCACGCAACAUGGCAACGAGGCCAUAUUUUCUAAUAAGGAAAAGUCUGGGAUAUGUUCGCUACCACACAUGACCUACAGUUCACCCAUUGCAGGUGUCGUUCCAGUGACAGCUUCCGAAUUUACAGCAGUUAAUAUUCCUGCUUUUCAUGUCACACCCUUGAAGUUAAUGGUAUCACCAUCUUCUAUAGCUGCUGCACCUGCAGUAAACAGCUCGUGUCUUAAUUCAAGCCAUAGUAAUCCUGUCCAAAACCCAAGCUCUUCAAUUCUGAACUUUACACUACAACACUUAGGACUCAUACCUGCUGGUGUGCAAGUUUCUCCAAAUCCUGUGCUUCAGCCAGUGCCAAUCUCUCCAAAACCAGAGCAUGUUAGUCCUGUUUCAGAGAAUGUGAGCUUGCAACAAGGAAGAGUGUUUAAAAAUGAAUCACAGAUAACUGAGUGUGACUUAAAUGGAAAAUCAGAUGCAGUAAUUCCUUUACAGCAGACUACUGUGCCAGUGAAACCCGAAGAGCCACAGGCAGUGACUGAAAACUUUUUCCGUACGCCUGGAGGGCCGAAUGCAAUUUCUAGUUUUGCUUCGUCUCCUGCAGAUUCAGAUGGUGCGGAUGGAAUUUUACGAGGAAACUUGUUUGCCCCACAAAGAAAACUUGAAGUGUCAGAGGACCAACUUUGACUGGGUUGUCUGGCUGUUAAACUUGUUUCGUGGCUAUAUUUGCCAGUACAACAUGUUGCAUGCAUCUUAGCAUUGUGAUUUGGAAGAUUUAUCCCCUGGAAACCAAUUGUAAAUGCAUUAAGUCCUCAAUACUGGAAAAGCCUUAUUUAGUUCUUAGGAUUAAAAUUGGCUCUUUUUUAUAAAAGCAAACUAAUGUCCAUUAAUUUCUGCAAAUGACUUGUUUAAAGCAUUACAACCAACUAGGUACCUAUUGUCUUACUCUUCAUAACAGUACAGAGCAAAGUAAGCUCUUGGUCAUAAUUUGUGGUGUUCAGAAACUGAGUAAAUACAAAACCACACAGUAUCAGUACAUGUUUUGCACAAUGAAAGUACUGUGAGCAUGUAAUAUAUUGUAUUUUUAAAUAGAAAAGGCUAUGGUUAAAUAUUUUCUACUUUCUUUUUACUCCUACGUUCUUUCAAUAAUGAUCUUGUAAAGUUAGUAAAAAAAAAAAAGUAAUCAAGUAUGUAAAUUAAGAAUUAUUUAUAAUGUAUUUUUAAUCAAUUCGU